AUGGCCAAGUCAAAGAGCACCAGUAUUCCCGCGUCCGUGUUUUCUCAGCCCUCCAACCACGGGCAAAUGACUCUCAAGACCAAGACCAAGACCAAGAAGAGCAGUGAACACUCCCGCAAACACAAGCGCGUACAAUAUGAUGCGGCGCCACGCUCAGAUCCCAGUGAUCGUACCGACUACUAUAUCGACAAGGCAGGAUCAGCCAUCAAAGGUUUCGAACAGCAGUUUGGAAGCAGUGGCGGCAAAUAG